AUGGCCGGUGUCAAGACUUACGAACUUAGAACCAAGUCCAAGGAGCAAUUGGAAUCCCAACUCCUUGGCUUGAAGAAGGAAUUGGCUGAAUUGAAGGUUCAAAAGCUCUCCAAACCAUCUCUGCCAAAGAUCAAGACUGUCAGAAAGGACAUUGCUCGUGUCUUGACCAUCAUCAGCGAGAACCAAAGACAAGCCGUCAGAGACUUGUACAAGGGUUCUAAGUAUCAACCAAAGGACUUGAGAGCCAAGAAGACCAGAGCUUUGAGAAGAGCUUUGACCAAGUUCGAGGCUUCCAGAAUCACUGAGAAGCAAAGAAAGAAGCAAAUUGCUUUCCCUCAAAGAAAGUACGCCAUCAAGGCUUAA